UUUUGUGUUUAAUCCUGCAGCUAGCUAGCACAGCCAAAGACACGUUUGGAGUUUGGCGACGCCACGGCUAAUCCAGUUAUCGGUGUACAUUUUGGGAGAAGUUUUGGGAGUUACACAUUGCUGCCAGGAUGCUUAAAAUGAUUAGUCGGCAACUGAAACACCACCCAGCAUUGAUUCCACUCUUCAUUUUCAUCGGCGGCGGCGCGGCGAUGUCCAUGAUGUACCUGGCUAGACUGGCCCUGCGCAGCCCUGAUGUCUCAUGGGAUCGCACAAACAACCCCGAACCCUGGAACAAAUUCGACCCCACUUACCGUUACAAGUUCUAUGCUGUGAACUUGGACUACACCAAACUGAAGAAGGAGGGGCCUGAUUUCUAAAGGAACAUCUCUCCUUGCGCCCUGAUGGGCCAAAGCUAUGUAGCCAUCAGAGGCUAAGAUAGUCACCCCUACAGAUGCAAGCAGCUUACCGCACAAUUCUCGGUGCUUUGUUUAUCAAAUUAUUUUUCCACUUUUUGUAAUGUCUACGGUCGUCUGUAGAAUUUGAAAUAAAAGACGACCUCUCUUUUAAGAAACAUCUCUGAUCCGAUGGGUGAAACCUAGCCUGUUACCUUUCAGAGGCUAAGAGGCUUACCCCAACUGAUGCAAACUAACCGCACAAUUAAACCUGUGACACUACAACAUGCUUUUCAUACACAGAUUUACACUUUGUUGUAAUACCUAUGGUUGUCUGUCACAAUGGAAUAAACAAGACAACCUCCUACUGGCCCGAUUUCUAAAAGGUACUCUCUGCUCUGAUGGGCCAAAGCUAACCUGUAGCCAUCAGAAGCUAAGAUGCUUACCCCAGCGCAUGCAAGCAGCUCUCCGCACAAUUCAGCCCUAGACCGUCUGCUGUGAUUCGCUGACAAAUUACUUUAGCCAUUUUUGUGAUACCCAUGGUUGUCUGCAGCAAUGGAAUAAACACGAUGACCUCCUACAUGUUUGAAGAAAGUU